ACAGCAACCAAAACAAUCCAUAGCCAAAAAAGUUAAAAAAAAAAGAAGAAAAAAAAGAAAAGGGUUUGGUUUUCGUUCUCGUCCCCAAAUUUUCAUUCCCUCUUCAAUCCCUUCUCUGGAUCCUCAGCGCUUUCUCGAACUCGAAUCGAUCGAUUCGCCAAUGACGACCAUGAGUGAUGAUGGAGAUAGGACCUGCCCUUUAUGUGCGGAAGAGAUGGACCUUACUGACCAACAAUUGAAGCCAUGCAAAUGUGGAUAUGAGAUAUGUGUAUGGUGUUGGCAUCAUAUAAUGGAAAUGGCUGAAAAAGAAGGAUCAGAUGGGCGAUGUCCAGCAUGUCGCACAACAUAUGAUAAGCAAAGAAUUGUUGGAAUGUCUGCCAACUGUAAAAGGAUGGUGGCUGAAAUAAGUGCAGAGAAAAAGCAGAAGCCCCAAAAGGCAAAGAAUAAAUCUUCAUCAGCCAUAGAGGAUAGGAAGCAUCUUAGUAGUGUCCGUGUGGUGCAGAGAAAUCUUGUAUACAUAAUGGGAAUGCCUUCUAAUUUAGCUGAUGAAAGCGUUCUUGAGCGUAAAGAAUACUUUGGCCAGUAUGGGAAAGUUUUAAAGGUUUCAGUUUCACGCCAGGCUGGGACAACUCCUCAGCAAGUGGCUAGUAAUAACACAUUUAACGUGUACAUAACUUAUGCUAGAGAGGAGGAGGCUGUUCGAUGUAUUCAAGCUACUCACAACUUUGUUUUAGAAGGUAAACCUUUGAGAGCAUGUUUUGGCACUACAAAGUAUUGCUACACAUGGUUGAGAAAUAUGACCUGCAGCAAUCCGGAUUGUUUAUAUUUGCACGAUAUAGGUAGCCAUGAGGACAGCUUCACUAAAGAUGAGAUUAUAUCAGCUUACACCAGGAGUCGGGUUCCACAAAUCCCGUCAACUAUUUUGUUGCCACGUGCUGGAAAUGUCUUGCCACCUCCAAUAGAUGAUUUAUACUCUAAUGGGGCAUUUUCUACUAGACCGUCUACAAAGCCCUUCAAUAGUACCGCAAACCAGGUUAAGAGCGCUCCUAUUGACAUAAGUGGUACUAGGUCUACUGUUCUGCCGGCAGCUGCUUCAUGGGGAUUGCGUGCUUCAAAUAGUCGGUCACCGUCUUCAAAUAUUGCAAGCUCCCAAAACCCGCUUAGCCAGAAGAUAGAAGUCCUUAAUAAUUCAUCUAGUUCUUCAAUGCUUUUGAGCACAAAACAAAAUUCUGCAUGGAAUGACAAUUCAGUUAUUGCUUCAAAAAUACCUGAAGGGAGGCAUGCGGUCCACAUAAAUGGUAGAUAUAGUGUCUCGGAACCCUUAAAACAUGGCAGUGAGAGGGAUCAUCUAAUAAAAGUAGUUGAUGAAUCAUCGGGGACCACUCUGGAUGUUGACCAUAGUUCUGAUUCUGCAUGGGAUGAUGACAUAACGACAGUGAAGUUACCUGAUGGAAAACAUACAAUGCAUACUACUGGCAGAUUUAGGAACACAAUAACUGUGAGAUGCACUAAUGCAGCAUUUGUUUCCGACACACCAGAAGUCAUCUUGGAUGAACCUCGUCAUUCUGCAUGGGAUGAUGACACAGAUUUGACAUUAAACAUGACGGAAGAAAGGCAGAUUGUAGACAAUGAUGACAGAUUUAGGUCUACAGGGACUCAGGAGCCCAGUAUUGCAGUCUUUAGAGCGUCCACUACAGAUGUGACAUCAGAGACUUUCCCGGAUGUAGUUCAUACUUCUGGAGUUUCCAUUAGUUGCUCAUCUGGCCAGUGUUCCCCGCAACAUGAAAACCAUGACACAGGCGGUACUGCAUCUUUACCGAGUUCAUACUCAGAAAAUACCACUUAUUCUAAAGAUUGUUCAUAUGAAUUGAGUAGGUCUUGUGCUGAUAAGCUUAGUCAUGUUAGUGCCGACAAUGGAAAUAUAGAGAGUCUAAGUUUGGGGUUAUCUUCAGUAAAUUUGGAUACUUGUCCUGGCAUUGAUCAUAUCAAUGCUGGUCAGCAGCAGAGUUCAGUUUCUGAUGAUCGCUUUGUUGGAAAAUUUGGACACUUAAAUUCGAGACAGCAUCAGCAUCAGCAUCAUCCUGAAAAUGGGGUAGAAUCUCUAAGUACUGCUUCCGUAUUUCCUAAUGUACAAGCAACAGGAAAUUUAUCUGAUUGGAGAACGGAUCAGCAGAAGCAAGCUUUAUCAUCAUCUGGCAAUGGACUUGUGGAUGCUUUAGCCGCUAGUGCUGAUCAGAGACAUGGGCUUUCUGAGCUUACUAAUUUACCAUCUUGCUCUCCAAGUGUCCCAAAUCAUCUAAUCAGCAGUUCUCACAAUUGCAGUGUAGGUGAUGGAUUGUUUUCUGUUGGAGAUUCUAGAACUAUGGGGCGCAGAGUGAAUAGCGAAUCUUUAUUUUGUAAUGGAAACAAGGAUCAGAUGUCAAGCAAUUUUGUUAAAAUUGACGGAGCAAAUGACCCUGAUGGCAGCUAUAUUGGUAAAGAGUUGGGCUCGAGUGAUUUUGGUAAAAUAUCAAAUAUGGAGAGAAGUACAACUGUAAAUACAGAAGAGGAAAACAUUGUGUCGAAAAUUUUGUCAUUGGACUUCGAUCCAUGGGAUAACUCAUGGUCCUCCGCUAAUGAUUUUGCUAAACUUCUUGCCAGAAUGAAUAAACAGGAGGGGCCUGCAAAACAGUCGCAAAGCGCUAACCAAUCUAGGUUUUCAUUUGCAAGGCAGGAAAAUCAAGCAAACAUUGCGAACAGUUCUUAUAGGGACAUGGGGUUUGCACAUCAACAAGUCUCCUCAAAGCAAGAAGCUUAUGGAAAUUGCUUUGGAAAUGAUUACCCUGUCAGUAGCUUCGGGCCUGCCAAUUCGCUUGGGAACAGCAGCUCAACAAUCUCUUCUGAUACUAAUGCAGGUGUCACAAAACUUAAAAUAUCUGCACCACCUGGAUUUUCUGUUCCUAAUAGAGCACCACCUCCGGGGUUUUCCUCUCAAGACAGAUAUGACCAGACUAUCAAUACAUUCUCAGAGUCGCAAUUAAUUGGCAGUCCACUUCAAGAUCAGUUUCAAGCUCAUUCUACCAACAAUGCUGUUGAUGUAGAAUUUAUUGAUCCAGCAAUUCUUGCUGUGGGCAAAGGAAGGCUACCCCUCGGAAUAAACAAUGCAGGCAUAGGCUCGAGGUCUUCUUAUCACCAACAAUUUACCACUUCAGAGAGUGAUGCUAGAAUCCAGUUAUUGAUGCAACAAUCUAUUUCUGCUAGUCACGGCCCAAGAAUUCCAAAUCAUAUUAGCGAUAGAUUCGUACCACAUGAUGAUGCUUAUACAGCUUCUAGAUUUUCAGCACAAAAUCCCAGUUUAUCUCCAUUUUCACAGAUAUCACACCAGCAGCCCUCAUGCCUUUUAAAUAACCAGUGGAAUGGUUGGAAUGACAUGCAGAUUGGUAAUGGGAUUGGGAUCCCUGAGGUUCUAAGGGGUGAGAGAUUUGGAGUUGGAAACUAUUUUCCCAUUAACGAGGAACCCAAAUUCCACCUGCCAAGCUCUGGUGACAUCUAUAACAGAGCAUUUGGAAUUUAAUUUCAGCCUGAUGCCAGAAUUAGCCCGAUCAUUGAUGUACUCAAGUGUCUCUCUGCUCAUGGUAACAGAUGCCAUCUUGGACUGUAUUCUACAACUUCUCACAGGGUGGUGGUUGCUUGUGUAUCAAAAAUCCCCCAAAAGAUUCUGCUAUACAUGCGGGGAUGAUGGCUAAAAGGUGAGGUUUCUUAUUCUUAGCAGGGAAAUAAUCUUGUUCAUGUGGUGUUGAGGUUUUGUUAUCUGAUGUCUCAACUACUAAAAUCAGUGCUUGGUUCAGUAAAGUUCAGUUGCUCCCAUGUUUUGUAAGUGGAGGCCUGAGUUGGACCGCGGUUUGAUGUCUGCUAAAAUUCUUGCAAGUUCUUCGCCUUCUGAAUUUGAGAACAAGGACAGGUUGGAUAAAUUUAUCUUGUUAACUUAGAGUUAUCCAAAUUAAUAUUAGUUAUUACUGGGCUUUGUUGAGGAGUCUGUAACUGACUUGAGCUUUGGCGUCAAUUGUAUCUUUGUAAAUGAUAGAAGAAAAGAGAGCAUCAAUUUCUAGAAUUUUGUUACCUUGUUAGUAACCGAGCAAAUAUUAUAUUUACUGAUUUCUUCUGCGGCAA